UGGCUAUAAAUAGCGCCGCCUCUAGUCAUUCAUCGUCAUCAUCAUAUGAUAUCUCUGUGAACACACCUCUCCUUUCUCUCAAUUACCUGUUUCUCUUCGGUGAUUGCGUCUCUCUGUCUGUUAUUUCUUUGAAUCUUCGACUUCUUCAAUCUCAAGAUGCCAGCUGCAAGUGCCAAUCCAUCUGAUAGAGAUGUCGAACAAUUCACUGAGAUUGAUCCUACAGGACGUUUUGGGCGGUACAACGAUCUGCUUGGUUGUGGUGCCAUCAAGAAGGUUUAUAGGGCAUUUGAUCAGGAGGAGGGCAUCGAAGUGGCUUGGAAUCAAGUGAAAUUGAGAAAUUUCAGUGAAGAUCCAGUUCUUAUUAAUCGUCUUCACUCAGAGGUUCAGUUGCUGAGAAGUUUAAAGAAUAAGUAUAUAAUUGUCUGCUACAGUGUGUGGUUGGAUGAUGAGCAUAACACAUUGAAUUUUAUUACCGAGGUGUGCACAUCAGGAAACCUGAGAAAUUAUAGGAAGAAGCAUCGCCAUGUGUCCAUUAAGGCCUUGAAGAAGUGGUCAAAGCAGGUUCUUGAGGGACUGGAGUAUCUUCAUACGCAUGACCCAUGUAUUAUUCACCGAGAUCUCAAUUGCAGUAACAUCUUUGUCAAUGGGAACACUGGCCAGGUGAAAAUUGGUGAUCUGGGAUUCGCAGCAAUCGUUGGAAGGAGUCAUGCAGCACAUUCUAUUAUAGGGACACCAGAGUAUAUGGCUCCAGAGUUGUACGAGGAAGAUUAUACUGAGAUGGUGGACAUUUACUCUUUUGGGAUGUGCUUGCUUGAGAUGGUGACAAUGGAAAUACCUUACAGCGAAUGUGACAGUGUUGCCAAGAUAUACAAGAAGGUGACCACUGGAGUGAAGCCCCAAGCCUUAAAUGAGGUGACAGAUCCAGAAUUGAAGGCAUUCAUUGACAAGUGCAUUGCCCAGCCAAGGGCAAGACCUUCGGCCUCUGAUCUUCUUGGGGACUCUUUCUUUUCCGAGCUGAACGAUGAUGCUGACCCAACUGUUUGAUGUUGAUCAGUGUUUAGUCAUAGCAACAAAGACCAAGUCCAUUAUUGAAGAUGCCGUUGGGAAAGUCGUAUUUUCUAAGAGAUCGUGUCUUAGCCUUGGCUAAGCUCUCCCUCCAGCAAGGACCAUAUGACCAAGAAGUCAUCGUUUCUAGUCCCCCACCCCGACCUACCCCUCUUGAGUGUUUUUUUUAUCAAAAAAUAAAACUAUUACCAUUAAUUAUUUGAAGCAAUGUUCAAGAUCUAAAAAGACAAUUAUUUGUAGCAGACUACUGUUAAUUUUCUCAUAGGCUGAUGUUUCCGACCCCAACUUAUUGAGAUAAAGGCUCGGAUGAUAAUUUCCCAA